AUGAUCAUCGCAAAAAGCUUCAUCCUUUUGCUCUGUUUCAUCGCUUUGGUGAACGGGGAAUCGAGUCCUGAUGCGGCGGCCAUGACAGCUCUGAAAAGAUCCCUCAAGUUACCUGGAAGUCUCAACUGGUCCGAUCCGGAUCCUUGUAAGUGGUCGUCGUCCAUACAAUGCGACGGAAACCGGAUCUCUAAGAUUCAAAUCGGGAAUAAAGGAAUCUCAGGAACGUUACCUCCUGAUCUCAAAAACCUCUCGUCUUUGAUGAUUUUCGAGGUCAUGCACAACAAAAUCACAGGGAAGAUUCCUAGUUUUGCCGGGUUGAAAUCUUUGAAUAGGGUUUAUUUUAACGAUAAUAGUUUCGAUUCCAUCGACUCUGAUUUCUUCGCUAAUUUGACGUCUCUUCAGCAACAAGUGUAUUUGGAUAAUAACCCCUUUGGUCCCUGGGAAAUCCCUCAGAGUUUAAAGAAUGCGACUGCUCUAUUAAUAUUCUCCGCUGCCAACUGCAGUCUCAACGGGACGAUCCCGGAUUUGCUCUGGGGACAAACGUUCCCUAAACUGAACACUCUGCAGCUGUCUACUAAUUCUCUUGUUGGUGAAAUUCCGUCGAAUUUCAACGAGUCACUUCAGAUUCUGUCACUCAACGGCCAGAAGCUAAGUGGGUCAAUUUCAUUUCUGCAAAACAUGACUGCUUUAAUCGAGGUACGGUUGAAUAGAAACGAGUUCUCUGGUCCCAUCCCGGACUUUUCUGGUCAUGUCUCUCUUAAAGUUGUUAACAUUAGGGACAAUCAGCUUACUGGUAUUGUACCGUCCUCUCUUACGGAGUUGACAUCUCUUUCUGAGGUGGGAUUAGGCAAUAACUUGCUUCAAGGACCUACACCAAGCUUCAAGGCUAAUAACCUUACGCUUGAUUUGACUGGGCUCAAUAGUUUCUGUUUAGAUACUCCAGGUACUCCUUGUGAUCCCCGUGUUAACACGUUGCUUUCAAUCGUUAAAGCAUUUGAUUACCCGGUGAAAUUUGCCAGUAGCUGGAAAGGUAAUGAUCCUUGUAGUAAAAGUCCCAGCUGGUUAGGGAUAACAUGUGUGGGAAGUAACAUCACUGUUAUCAACUUCGAAAACAUGGGACUCAACGGCACUAUAUCUCCGAGUUUUCGUAAUCUUUUGUCUCUUCAGGUUAUCAAUCUCUCUCGGAAUAACCUUACCGGUCCUAUUCCACAAGAGCUCACUGAGUUGACCAACUUGAAAACUCUAGAUGUUUCCAAUAAUCACUUGUGUGGUAGUAAAGUACCGGGUUUUAACCCAACUGUUAUUGUAAACACGAGUGGGAAUCCUGACAUAGGAAAGGGUUGUUCUUCCGGCGGGGAUGGCGGCAAGAAAGCAAAUGCUGGGAAAAUGAUUGGUUUUGUUAUUGGUAUUUUGUUGGGUUUGCUUCUUAUCGGAUUUGCUAUUUUCUUUUUGGUCAACAAAAAGAAGCAAUAUCGUAGGAUGCAUCCUAAACAACAACGUGGUGAUGACCAAGGUGCACUCAAGAUUACAAUUGGGAAUUUGUGUGGUGGUGGAAGUGAAAGUGGAUUCAGUGGUAGUGACGCUCAUCAUGUUGGGGAAAGUGGGAAUAUUGUCAUCUCGAUACAAGUUUUGAGGGAUGCUACAGAUAAUUUCGACGAGAAGAAUAUACUUGGGAGAGGCGGAUUUGGUAUUGUUUACAAGGGAGAGUUGCAUGAUGGAACAAAGAUUGCAGUUAAGAGAAUGGAACCUUCGAUUAUAAGUGGAAAAGGUUUAGAUGAAUUUAAAUCAGAGAUUGCUGUUCUAACUAGAGUUCGACACCGCAAUCUAGUGAUUCUUCAUGGAUACUGCUUAGAAGGAAAUGAGAGGCUUCUGGUCUAUCAGUACAUGCCGCAAGGGACAUUAAGCAGGCAUAUUUUUCACUGGCAGGUAGAAGGGUUGAGUCCACUCGAGUGGACUAGACGGUUGAUUAUUGCAUUGGACGUGGCUAGAGGAGUAGAGUAUUUGCAUACUUUAGCGCAUCAGAGUUUCAUACAUAGAGAUCUCAAACCUUCUAAUAUUCUUCUUGGAGACGAUAUGCAUGCCAAAGUUGCUGACUUUGGUUUAGUCCGGCUUGCACCAGAAGGCGCACAAUCUAUUGAGACCAAAAUUGCUGGAACAUUUGGGUAUCUUGCACCAGAAUAUGCAGUGACCGGAAGAGUUACAACAAAGGUUGAUGUCUACAGCUUUGGAGUCAUCCUCAUGGAGCUACUAACGGGUCGGAAAGCUCUUGAUGAUAAGCGAUCUGAGGAAGAAGUGCAUCUUGCCACAUGGUUUAGGAGAAUGUACAUCAAUAAAGACUCAUUCCCAAAGGCUAUCGACGAAACAAUUGAGUUCAACGAAGAGACACUUCGAAGUAUCAACACAGUAGCUGAGCUUGCCAACCAAUGUAGCGCCAGGGAACCGCAACAGAGACCGGAGAUGAGUCACGUGGUCAACGUGUUGGUAUCACUUGUUCUUCAAUGGAAACCCGCAGAACAAAGCGGAGACUCGGAAGAUAUCUAUGGAAUCGAUUACGACACUCCUCUUCCUUCCUUUGAUUCGACCUUUUUUGGAGUUAAUACUCUGACGAGCAUACCGUCGCGACCAUCCGAUCUUGACAUCACAUUCAAAUCAGGACAAGGGAGGUAAAUGCGUUAGACAAGUAGCUGGAAGGAGAAAUGCAUUGUUGUUGGAUUGAGUUCUUGUUUUAGGUUGAGGGAUUGUGUAUAGUUCUGGUUGGUUACCUUGUUUUUCAAGUUAGGGUGUCAUUUUCGCAAGAGUGGAACGUUUAAAUUGGACACGUGUUUUGGUCCCUUGCAUGUCGUAGACCAGUUGGA